GUCCUAUUUAGACUGAAGACAGACACGAUGUAAAAGCUCUUGGUGGUUCCUGAAACAUGCAUCUGAUCUUUUCGUUUUAUUAACAACUAACUUUAGCUAAGUGGGAACUAUUCCAAAGCUGUGCAUGCUCACAGCUUCUUCUAUCAAAUAUUUAACUGCUUGAUAGAAGACGGACACGCCUUUCAUAGUUUGGUUUGAUCAUUUACCAUCAGUCUCCAGACAGAGCAGGAUGAAUUGCACCCAACCUAAUGUCUCACACUUCAGGGUUCAAGGGGAUUCUGAGGCAAACUGCACAGUCCCAGGUGAAGAUGAAAGUCACACGAUCCUUCUGGUCAUCUAUUCUGUGGUUCUGCUCUGCGGCACAGUCAGCCUGAGCCUCACGGUGUACAUCUUGAAAUCCCAUACGACAUCUUCCACCUCCGUCGCUGUCCUCAACCUCAUCUUCGCCCACUUUAUCUUCCUCAUCACCGUGCCGUUCAGAAUUUACUACUAUGCGACACAUCGUUGGUACUUGGACUUCGAGUGGUGUAAAAUUGUAAGCGCCAUGAUUCAUGUCCACAUGUACAUGUCUUUUAUGCUGUAUGUAGUCAUCCUUGUCACCCGUCUGUUGCCGUACUACUACCGAGGUGCACGAGUGACAUCGUUUAGUAGCAUGCAUGCGCUCAUUGCCAGCGUUUUGGUAUGGAUCAUUGUACUAGUCACAGUUCUUUUGGUCAUUCGUUUUGUAUACGCCAAGGAUGACAAGAUAUGUCCGCAGGUAUGUCAGCAUUGCUUCCGUUUUGCUCACUGCAUGGCGUCCGUCAAAGGGCUGAACUACUUUUUGAGCACAUUGAUCAUUCUGGUGACUGUGGUGCUGACAGUCCUCCAAGCCAACGUCCUGUUGGUUUUAUACAGGAAGUACCGCGCGAAAUGCUCCUCUCAGCAGGACUUCGAAGCCCAACUCAAGAGCCUCUUAUUUGCCCUGAUCAUGUUUUUCUGCAACGUUCCCUACCACAUGUUCCGACUGUACUACAUCGAGCACUCCGACCUGGAAAAUAUCAACGAGGUGCUCUUGGGUCUGACCACUUUAAACUGUUUGGACAUGCUGACCUUCCUGGGUAGAAGAACUUGCAUUAUGUGCUUCCCAGGAAGUGGUAGAUGAAACCCUAACCCACAACAAACUUUGCAGACAGCUGGAAAGAUCACGUUGUGUUGUCUUUGUUUAUUUUUCUAUAGCUUUGCACCCAAAUCAAGUGAGUUUAGAUUUUGUACUGACACAGUCAGUAAGCUAAAGGCUAGUCCAAGAGGCACUUCUGCAAUUGAAAUUUUAUAGACCCUUUUACUGUCUGUAAACAAUAUGACGUCAGCGAGAAUGCACGCGCAGCUUGGCAACAGAGAAUGGCGUUGUUUCAGGCUUUAUCAAGCUACGCUGCAGGGUUAUCACCGGCAAAUCUUGAAUGUUACAUUAUUAAAGUCACUUUAACGAAUGGCAACAGACUCCCGGAUCCCUGUGGCAUUACAGAAUGGGUGGAAGAUGUAGGUGCGUGGCCAGAUAUCCAGUGGCCCGAUAUAUGUACGUUUUUAGUGGAGAGGCCCAGUAAGUACACACGUGAGAAGCUACGGGCAUACAAAUCGUUAGAUGCAUACAACUAUGUUGUCUGUGGCCACGUACAGAAAGUAAAAUAUCACGACAUAGACUCUGAGUUUUGCGUCUUGAAGACAGAAGUCCUUCCUAGCCAAAGACAAGGACACAAGACCGCUAUGUACGAGGCUUGGGUCAUAGUAAACAAACCAGAGAACUACGUCUUCACAGCCAACUGUACCUGCAUGGCAGGGUGAGUAUAGCAUAGGUUUCUUUUUUUAGCGUGCUCAGAGUACAAUCGUGUUAAUUUUAGAGAAAUACAGUUUACACUAAUAUGCAGUGGGAAAAUACAGAUGAAUUAGAGUGAAAUGUUAAUUUGAAGCAUGAAAUAAAGCGUAUAAAUUUGUGUAAUUCUGUCAUUUUGAUGUUCCAGACUUGGGUCAUGCUGCAGCCACGCAGCAGCAAUUUUAUUCAAAGUUGAGCUUUGUGUUAGGAUGGGAAAAACAGAAAAGGCUGCAGUUACAUCUCAGGCAUGUGCAUGGAAAGACCUGAGCAGGAAAAAUGUAGAACUUCGGAAUUCUGUAAAGUUUCAGUCCACUGCUUGAAGAGGAGCGAUUCUGGCAUCCAUACACGCAACAACCCGACAUUUUUAUGUGCUCAGAACUUCAAAACAAUAGGUUUAGUGUGAACGAGGAAGCCUUCACUCGUUGCCAGGCUGCGCGCGCAACUUUUGAUGACGUAGGUAGUAAAAGGGUCUAUAAACCUUGAUAUGCUGGUGAAGUUUCGCAGUCAGCCAGUUCACGGUAAUCUGAAGGGCUUUGAAUGAAGGCGACUGGACUUCUUUGGUUUCUUGAAGACGUUUUGCUUCUCAUCCGAGGAAUUUUGUUAAUUCUGACUGGAAUAUGGGAGCGCCAAGCUUUAAACAGUAAAUGUCUGUUGUUCCUUAAUGAGCUGAAACUAGCUACGAAUACCCCCCGCCUUACUCCUCGAGGAGCCAUUGAUGCCGUUAGGUCCCAUUGUGUUGGAAUAGUUGUUUUGAUUAGAUGCAGGAGAGUGUGACCUUCACUGAAGCUGUUUUGGAAAAUUUCUAUGACAAACGGGAAAGACCCACAUUAAAAAGUCUAGCUCACACCCUCCAUCUAAUAAAAACAACCAUUACAACACAAUAGGGUCAAACAACAUCGAUGACUCCUUGUGGAGUGGGUAGAAGUGGGGUAUUCAUAGGUAGUUUCAGCUCAACAAUAGACAGUUACCGUUUAAAGCAACUCUCCCAUUUUCCAGUCAGAAUUGACUCCUCCUUGGAUGAGAAGCAAAAUGUCUUUAAAAAAACCAAACAAGUUCAGCUGCCUUCAUUCAAACCUCUUAGGAUAAACCUUGAUAUUUCAGUCAGUUUUAUGAUGCCGUUACUGUAUUUACAAGGAUUGUUUUAUUUAACAAGUAGGUGAAGGCAUGCUGAGGUACUUCUGGUGCAGCCUGUGAGACUUCCAGUUGAAACGUUAUAAUUUUUCACGUGGGAUAUUUGUAUAGCACGAAGCUGAUGGAGAUUAUUCUAAAUAAGUUUUUAUGGAAACUGAUAUCAAACUGGAAACUUAAAUCUGUUUCAGUCUUUGUUGCACAUGGACUAAAUGUUUUUAACACUUUUAGCAGAACGCCACCUCUUAAUAAAAACUGUUUAAGAAUUGUUUUCAUUAAGAAACUAUAUUAUUUUUAUAAAGUUGCUGUUUUUUAUUUUCUUUAAAGUACUUUUUAUAUUGCGUGACGAUUAUGUAAAGAUAAACAAAAACUAUGAAAAAAGAUGGUCUGCUUCUAAAAUCAUUAUUUUAUUAUUGCUUUGCUCAUUUUUAAAUAAACUGUGUUUAUUUGUCUGAAAUAAAAACAGGCAGGAAAUGGUCACGUGGACUUGACUCGCACUAGAUUAAAUCCUCCCAUCUGCUGGAUUUUCUUUUUACUACACAUGGUUCAGGUGUGGGAUUGGUAGACCAAUGGAAAGUGGAAGUAAAAAUUUAUUUUGUUUAAAUUUUUCUUUUUAAAAAUAUGUAAACAGAGAUUCUGCAAAAAGUAGUUUAAAUUUAAAAUUCACCUUGUGGAUAAAGCUGUUCAGUUUUAUACCUGGGAAGGAAAGUAAAUAUAUUUUUUUUCCACCAAGAUUU